GAAACAGAAGUAGACAGUGGUCAUCACUCAUUACCACAUGCCCAUUCCAUCUCUCUUCCAUUUUAAAGCUGCUCAGUCACAAACCUCACUGAACCAUAACCCUCUCUCCUCCUCCUCUUUCUCUCUUUCAAUGGCUACCAUUUUCCUUCUCUUCUUUCUCUCCUUUCUUUCUUUUUCUUCUUCUUCUUCUACGAAUGACCUGCCCAGAACCUUCAUUGUUAAAGUUCAACAUGAUGCCAAGCCUUCCAUUUUCACUCUCCACAAGCACUGGUACGAUUCUUUCCUGUCCUCACUCUCCUCUUCCUCCGCUGAUCAAAAGACGCCCUCUUCUUCUCCACCUGCCGAGUCUCGCAUCAUCCACACUUACGACACUGUUUUCCAUGGAUUUUCCGCCAAGCUCUCCCCCACCGAGGCUCUUAAGCUCCAGACCCUCCCCCAUGUCAUUGCCGUCAUCCCUGAACGUGUCCGCCACGUGCAAACCACUCGAUCCCCUCAGUUUCUUGGCCUAAAGACCACAGACAGUGCUGGGUUGCUCAAAGAAUCAGACUUUGGCUCGGAUCUUGUCGUUGGAGUUAUCGACACUGGAAUCUGGCCGGAGCGGCAAAGCUUCAAUGAUAGAAACUUGGGUCCUGUCCCGGAGAAAUGGAAAGGGAUGUGUGUGAGUGGUAAAGACUUUAGUCCAGCAUCUUGUAACAGAAAGCUCAUUGGAGCUCGAUUCUUUUGCAACGGCUACGAGGCUACCAACGGCAAGAUGAACGAGUCGACAGAGUACCGAUCUCCGCGGGACUCCGAUGGCCAUGGUACCCACACCGCAUCCAUUGCCGCCGGCCGUUAUGUGUUCCCAGCUUCGACACUGGGUUACGCUAAGGGUAUUGCUGCAGGAAUGGCACCGAAAGCUCGCCUUGCUGCUUACAAAGUAUGCUGGAAUGCUGGAUGUUACGACUCCGACAUUCUCGCCGCAUUCGAUGCUGCUGUUAAUGAUGGGGUCGAUGUUAUUUCGCUCAGUGUCGGCGGCGUUGUUGUUCCCUAUUAUUUGGAUGCAAUUGCUAUUGGCUCUUUCGGAGCUGUAGAUCGCGGGGUCUUCGUCUCUGCCUCUGCUGGUAAUGGCGGCCCUGGUGGGCUUACAGUCACCAAUGUUGCUCCCUGGGUCGCUACUAUUGGUGCUGGAACUAUUGACAGGGAUUUCCCAGCUGAUGUGAAGCUUGGAAAUGGCAAGGUGAUUCCUGGUAUGAGCGUUUAUGGUGGCCCAGGUUUGUCUCCGGGGAAAAUGUAUCCUCUUAUUUAUGCUGGUAGUGAAGGUACUGGAGAUGGCUACUCUAGUUCUUUAUGCUUGGAGGGUUCAUUAGAUCCCAAGCUUGUUAAAGGCAAAAUUGUGUUGUGUGACAGAGGGAUCAAUUCCAGGGCUGGUAAAGGUGAUGUUGUAAAGAAAGCAGGAGGAGUAGGGAUGAUCUUAGCUAAUGGGGUUUUUGAUGGUGAGGGUCUGGUUGCUGAUUGCCAUGUUCUGCCUGCUACUGCUGUGGGUGCAUCUGCUGGUGAUGACAUUAGAAGGUAUAUUUCUGUGGCUUCUAAAUCAAAAUCACCACCCACUGCUACUAUCGUUUUUAAGGGGACGAGACUCGGUGUUAGGCCAGCUCCAGUUGUGGCUUCAUUUUCAGCUAGAGGUCCAAAUCCUGAGUCUAAUGAAAUUUUGAAGCCUGAUGUUAUUGCUCCUGGUUUGAACAUUCUUGCUGCUUGGCCUGAUAAAGUUGGGCCUUCUGGUGUUCCUACUGACAGUAGAAGAACUGAAUUUAACAUUCUUUCUGGUACUUCUAUGGCUUGUCCUCAUGUUUCUGGAUUAGCUGCCUUGUUAAAGGCUGCACACCCAGAUUGGAGUCCAGCAGCAAUAAAAUCAGCAUUGAUGACAACUGCUUAUACUGUUGAUAAUCGCGGCGAAACUAUGCUUGAUGAGUCUACAGGAAAUACUUCAACUGUGAUGGAUUUCGGUGCUGGUCAUGUUCAUCCACAGAAGGCUAUGGAACCUGGAUUAGUCUAUGAUAUAUCCACAUUUGAUUAUGUGGAUUUUCUGUGCAAUUCAAACUACACAGUUAACAACAUUCAAGUUGUGACUAGAAAAACUGCAGAUUGCAGUGGAGCAAAAAGAGCCGGUCAUGCAGGGAACUUGAAUUACCCAUCAAUGUCUGCUGCGUUUCCACAAUAUGGGAAGCAUAAGAUGUCUACACAUUUCAUUAGGACAGUUACCAAUGUUGGGGAUCCAAAUUCUGUAUACAAAGUUACAAUUAAGGCACCCAGUGGGACUGUGGUGACAGUGCAGCCAGAGAAACUUGUGUUUAGGAGGAUUGGCCAGAAACUGAGCUUCCUUGUUAGAGUGCAAACCACGGCAGUGAAGCUCUCACCUGGAGUCUCAAGCUUGAAGAGUGGUUCAAUAGUUUGGUCAGAUGGAAAACACAGUGUCACAAGUCCUCUAGUGGUGACAAUGCAGCAACCUCUUUAGCUUGGUUUGUAGGAAUUUUGCUGUAUUUGCUAUUAUAGGUUUUUAUAUAUUCUCAUGUUUAUGUAUAAAGGGAAUGUGUGAGGCGUUUUCUAUAUCAGAAAGCGAAUGGAGUUGGGUUUGUUUAUGCAUAUGCAGAGUGAAUUAAUGUAUAAUUUUGCUAGCAAAAAGAGGUGAGAACAUGCAUGUAGAAAAUGGUGUAUUUGACUAAGAAGCCAAAUCAUAAUGAAAAGACCUCUCUUUUCCUUUUGGAA